GCUGUGAUCACGCACAAAGGUCGAUCUUCAAAUUCUGGUCAUUACGUCGCUUGGGUACGUCUGGACGAGGAUAAAUGGGCGAUGUGUGAUGAUGAGAACGUUAGUCCUGUGACAUCGGAGCAGGUGCUCAAACUUUCUGGAGGUGGAGACUGGCACUGUGCCUACGUUUUACUCUAUGGACCUCGCAUUGUGAAAGAGUAUCCCGCCUUGAAAGACGAAAAAGAAAAUUUAGGAGAACAACCUAAAGAAGUGGAAACUAUGCAAACAAAUUAA